AUGAAAUGGAUGUAAUUGCUCGUCUUGAGAAUGCUUAUUUAGAUAGUGCAAUGUGGUAAGAUACUUAAUAAAUAUUUAGGUUGGGAACUAUUUAAAUCAGAAUUAAUGGAUAGUUCAACCUUCUCUCUUUGGAAGAACUCUAACAAUUCACCGGGUUCAAAUUUACUUUAAGUUUGUGAUCUAUAACCUUCGCUGAACUCAAAGCUUCUUUAAGGAGAUAAGUUAUUGAGUAGAAAUAUUUUAAUGCCAACAUCACGAGCAUUCAGCAAAAUUAGAAUCAGUUUCGAUAUCUAUUAUAUCAAUUUAUGGAGUGCAGCAGAAUCUCUUACUGUCUAUGCAAACAGUUUAUUAGUUCAUUAUGAGAAACCUUUAAUUUAUGAUAACCAAGAUUACCCAUUAAGAUUCUGUAUUUCAAGACCAUUUGGAAAAUCAUACCCUGAAUAAUUCUCACGUAUAGAUUAGGAAAUAUCAUUUAAUGAUCCAAAUUUAAAUAUAGAAAUAGUUCAUGAGGGAGUAUCAGCAGGAACGACCAGUGAAUAUGGCUUAAGCAAUUUUAUAUUAUAAAUAUUCUUUUGUGAGGAUAAAUGUGAAGAGUGUGAUGAAAACUAAUGUCUUCUAUGUUAAAAUGGAUAUCAGUUAAUAAAAAAUUAAUGUAUAUGUGAUCCCUCAUUUCAAUAUUCAUACUUUAAUCCGUAUCUAACAUGCGUUGAUGAAUGCCCUAUUAAUUAUGUAUCAGAUGAUAAACGAAUUUGUUAACCAUCUCUUGUUAGUACAGUUUACUCUGAUCUUGAAGAAGAUACAUUUAACUCUUAUAAAUUUAAAUUUGUUGCUGAUAAAUAUUAUAGUGUAAAUAAAUUGAUGAUUAAUACAGUUGGAACUAAGACUAUAGGAGGUAUGUUUUCUAACACAGACUCUAUUAUAUUUGAUGACGUCAACUUAUAACCUAAUUUUAAAUAUAUCAUAAAAUUUAACCUUUUUAUUACUGGUAGAAUAUCAAAGUUGUAUCCUGAAACUAUAUAAAUACUUUUUAACUAAUAUGUUGUUGCGUAUUUAGCAGAUUUCAACAAAAUUAUUUUUACAUCCCCUAUAACUAAAUCAAGUACUGCAGGAGUACCUUCUACAUGUUCUAUCCCCUCAUUUUCAUAAUGCACAUCAUACGAAAUUAUGAUUCAAGUAGAAUUAACAGAACUAGUAACAGAAUUAAUGUUUAAAACCAAAUUUUAGUUAAAUACACCAUAAAGAACAUGGGGAAUUCGAAAUUUUUAAAUAUCUAAAUAUGAAAUAAUUUCAAGUUCCUAACCAUGCUCAAAUAAUUGUUAAACUUGUAAUCAAUCAGAACCUAAUGUUUGUUUAUCUUGUUCUGGAAGUUUAAAAUUAUUUAAUGGUAAUUGCAUUUCUUAAUGUCCAAGUUACACAACUGUAAAUGGAAAUGUUUGUGAUGAUCCAUCUCUUACAUAAUCAAAUGAGAAAUAUCUUGUAAAUAUGUAUCAUGAUAUGAAUUUCUAUCUUUAAACUAGUUUUGGAAUAUAAAAAUAAUUGUCUAAUUCUUAUUUUAUGAAUCGCAUAAUUUUAGGAGGAGUUGGAAUUUGGGAGAAUGAAUAAAUUCAAUAUAAAUUUACUCACAAAAAUUUAUUUUAUAAGGUCAAAGUAUAAUUCAUGUUAUUGUUUAUUGAUUCAACAAAUAAUUAGAUAUUAUUUAGAACAAGCCUAAACAAUGAAUUACCACAAUAUAAUAUGUAUGGAAGCAGCACUUCAGUAGGUAAUCAAGUUGGUUAAAAAUAUUUUGAAGUGGUUUAGAGUGUGUAGUAUAUGAAAUCUUUUGAAUCUACAAAUGAAUUAAAGGUUUAAUUAUAGUGCAUUAAAGGAAUAGAUAGUUUUGCAUAUUGUGGUGUCUAUGAUUUUAGAAUAAUUAUCUCGGAAUGUUAAGAAAAUUGUUUAAAUUGUGAUGAAAAUGGAAAUUGCAUGAAGGAAAUAGAUACAGUAAGCACAAACAUUAAUGGAUGCAAGGAUGGAUAUUAUAAAAUAGAAAAUUAGUGUGUUUAAUGUACCUCAGGAUGUACAUUAUGCACAGAUGUAGAUGUAUGUUAAGCAUGUAAACCUGGCUAUGAUUUAAAAUUUAAUACUUGUUUUUGCAGUAAAUUAAAAGAAAGAAUCGAUUAUUGUGAAUAAAAAAACUGUUUUCAUAAUUGUUAAACUUGUACUAACACAUAUUAAAACUAUGGAAUUUAUAGAUAAUACCAUCCUAAAAAUUGUUUAUCAUGUGAUGAAUCAAAAAAUUUAUGGUUAAAUGUAAAUUAAUGCAGUUGUUUAGAUGGAUAUUUUAUGGAAGAUUUUAGUUGUUAUUUGUGCUUACCAACCUGUUUAAAAUGUUAUUAAUAGGCCAGAACUUGUACAGCAUGUCAUCCUGGAUAAAAUAGAAUCUUAGAUAAAGAAUAAUGUCGCUGCUAAGAUGGAUAUUUUUAAGAAGACAAUGAUUUAGUUUGUAGUAAAUGCAGUAACUUAUGCUAAAAUUGUAAUUUUACAAAGGAUUAAUGCAAUUAAUGUUAUUCUAGUUAAUAUAGAAGUUUACAUAUAGAUACUUGUAUAUGUAUGGAUGGAUAUUAUGAUGUUGGUGAUUUAAAUUGUAAAAGUAUCAAAUCAUUUAAUAACAUUAGAAUGUCCUUCAAAAUGUAAAACAUGUUUGAAUGAAACAACUUGUAUUACUUGUAAUGAAGAUUAAUAUAGAAUAAUGAGCAUUGAUAAUCAAACUUGUACAUGUUAAUCUAGUUAUUUUGAUUUAAAUUAUCAAGAUACAUGUGAAAGUAUACAUUUUAUUAGAUAAUUAGAAUGUCACUUAAGUUGUUAGGAAUGUAAAUUAAGUAAUGGUUUUAAAUCAUGUACAAGAUGUCCAAGCACAAGAGAACCUAAGCUUUAGGGUAAGGAAGGAGCUUUUUCAUUUGAAUGCAAAUGCAGAAGGGGAUAUUAUGAAUCAAACUAAUAAGAAUGUUCAAGUUGUGAAGAUUAUUAAAAUCCACCUAAAACUCAUUAUUGUUAUUCAAAUUGCGGAGAUGGCAUUGUUCAAUGGAAUGAAGAUUGCGAUGAUGGUAAUAAUAUAGAUAGAGAUACAUGUUAUUAAUGCUUAAAUGGUAACUCAUUUUGUUUGGAUUAUACUUGUACUGGUUGUUAAGCAGGAUAAUGCACAGGUUGUAUUGAUGGGUUUUAUUUGACUCAAGAAUUUAUUUGUUAGCCGUGUAAUUCAAGUUGUAAGACUUGUGUUGAUAGGGCUAACAAUUGUACUGAUUGCAUAAUCUACAAAGAAAAUGAUUCUGGAUGUUUGAUGUGUGAAUAAGAUUAAGGAUUUCAUAUAGUUGAUUCUUAAUGUGUUUCAAUAUGCGGAGAUGGAAUUAAGGUUGAAUAAGAGGAAUGUGAUGAUGGUAAUAUAAUAAUUGGAGAUGGAUGUGAUUAAUUUUGCAAGAUUGAAUAUGGUUUCAAAUGUGAGUCAAAUUGUGAAAAGACAAUAUAUCCAAAUAUUUUAUUUGAAGUGAAUAAAUCAGAGAAGAAAUUUGACAAAGAAAGAGUAGUGAGAAUAAAAACAGAUUCUGCAGUAUCAAUUACUGGUAGUAUCAGUUCUAUAUUUACUUUCAAAGUAAAUAAUUGCGAUGAUUACGAUCUUACUUAUGUGGAUUUAACUCAAUAUUCUAAUUAAUUUACUUACUUAUUUUUAGAAUUAACAUUGAUCUUUAAAUAAUCUGUAUCUGAUCCAGAAUUAGUUUGCUAGAUAAUCAAUAAAGAGGCCAUCUUAAAUUAGGAUGGAAAUUCUUUUGCAGAAAAGAAUUAUAUGAUCUAAUUAAAUGAAUAUAUUUAGCCUUCUAUUGCAGAUUAGUAAGCAACUGAUGGAUUGAUGCAGCUAAGUAAAUAUGUAUUAUAUUUACUUUUUGGACUUGCUAUUUUGGCAUUUCUAUUUGGAGGUUUGAACAUAUUUUGGAAUCUUUUAGAUGCAUUGUAAUUAAUAUCAUAUCUCAAAUUUUUUAAUGUUUAUUAUCCCUACAAUUUAAAUAACUAUUUCACAAUUUUUGGAUUUGCUCAAUUUGACUUCUUAAAAGAUUAUCUUGAUUUAGAAACUUUAAUUAGUCAAUAUGUAAACACUCCAGAUGCAGAUCCUAAAUUUAGAGAUGAAGGUUAUUCCACAGUAUUUUAUGUGAAUAUUAUUACUGUUUUGACUGUAUUUGUUACUACUUUUAUAACUUACAUAGCAUGUAAAGUAUUAUUAUCAACACUAACUAAAUUUUCACAUUCCUUUGUAUAUGUUCCACUUAAUUCACAGGAAUAAAGUAUUUGCACAUUCUUCAUUUAUAGAGUUACAAGAAAUUUGUAAAUUUAAUUAAUGCGUUUUAAUAAAGCAUUUACAUCUGGAAUUAUUAGAACCUUUAUGGCUGUAGCUUUUGAUUACAAUCUCGCUUUAUUUCUAUAGUUGAAGGAUUUUGAACUAAGUGAUCCAAUUCUCUUCACUAGUUUUCUCUGUUGUCUUGUAGCUUUUGUUAUAGAAAUUGUAUUUAUAUCUAUGGCUGUUAAUUUCAUGUCCAAACCUUCUUAUGUAUUUAAAUAAAAAUUUAAUAUUGAUUGUUUUGGAGCUAUUUAUGAAGGAAUUAAAUUAGAAAAAAAUCCAUUUACAUACUAUUUCAAUAUUAUACUAUUGAUUAAAAAAAUGCUCUUUAUGAUGUGUUUAGUUAUGUUUUAUUCAUCUCCUUGUUUAUAAAUUGGAUUAGUAUCUCUCCUUAAUAUUAUUAUGGCUCUAUAUCUAAUAAAAAUUUCGCCACUUGAAGACAAAGAUGAAUAAUUUAAAUAAGUAGGUUCUGAAAUUUUAAUUUGGUUUACUGAAAUGCUUAUUCUAGCUUUUGCAAUCAAUGAAUAAUCAAAUUCCCUUAAUGAAGACUCAUAACUUAUUAUUGGAUGGUGUGUAAUUACUUUAACUUCCAUUUUGAUUCUUUUUCAAUUAUUCAUUGAUAUCAAAUAACAUGGUAAGUUUUUAAUUAAUGAAUAUUCCAUCAUCAAAAAAUUUAUCUAAAAACUUAAAGAUAUGAUAAUGCAAAAACCACUUUAAGAAGAAUAAAACAUUUUCCUCAAAAGAAGAAGAAGAAUGGGAAUUGAAAAUUUAACAUCCUAGACCAAUAUCAUGACUAGCAAAUUCAAAACUCUCAGUAAUUACAAAUAGGGAAGAAUGGUAACAUUUACCGUCAGCUCCAAUAGUAGUAGCUGAUAAAAUCUAAAUCUUUUCCUGUGUAUAUUGUUUAUAUUUAUA